AUGUAUGGGAAAGUGAAAAAUUUUGGAGAACAAACUCCAUUCAUACAACAAGAACAAGACAACAAGAACAAGACAACAAGAACAACAAGACAAGAACAACAAGACAAUAAGAAAAUGCUUAGACACGCUCGUUUGCUCAGACCCUCCUUGAAGUCGAGCAGCUGGUCCUAUGUUGCUAGAAGAUUUCAAUCAACAAACGUGUAUAAUGAUACUAUGAGUCUUUUAAAACAAGAUUUAAAACAGGCAAUGAUCAAAAAGGAAAAUUUAACGAAAAACACUAUUCGUUGCAUCAUGUCUGAUAUUAAAAAUAGCGAGAUUGACGGGGCCCAACAAAACGAGUUCAAUUUAUAUAAAGUCUUGAAUAAAAUGAUUAAACAGCGUCAUCAAUCGUCAAUUGAUUAUCAAAAUCAAAACCGUCAAGACUUGGCCGAUAAUGAAAUUAAAGAAAUUGAAGUAAUUGAAAAAUUUGUUAAAAGUUUGAAGAUUGCUUCAAAUGACGAAAUUAUUGAAAAAUUAACCCUUUUCUUAUCUGACCUUAAAGCAAAAGACCAUAACUUGCACAUGUCUAAGAUCUUCCCCUUGAUUCUGGACGACUUGGCUAAACUGUGGAACUCGUCGGUCGACUUGGUCAAACCGUUUGUCCCCAGAGUUUAUAAACAGGUCUUUCAAAAGUAG